AUGGCCACACCCAACCCAGCAGCGUCUCCGCUUCCUAUAACCACUCCUCCCGGCCACGACCACGCCCCUCUCAGCAUCACGUUCAUAAACCCUCAGCUCACUUACAAGCCCGGUGACACAAUCAAAGGAUAUGUGGCAGCAGCUUUAAAAAGAGGAGAGUUGAUCGAAGCAAUCGAGGUCUCCCUCAUCGGUACCGCAGAGACCGAAAUUUCUCCUCAAAAGCGCCCUGUUCAUGGAUCGCCAAAUCGCACUUCCAUUCGCACUCACAAUCGACUGAUCGACAUAAAGAAGCCGAUUCCACUAAUGCCGACGAAUAUCUCGCACGGAAUUUGGCCUUUUGAGUUCACUGUACCAGAGCUCACCGACAGUGUUGGAAGAUUUGGUUCAUCCCUGACUUCUCGGAAGUUUGCCAUACAGCGUCAUCAAGUUCCGCCCACCUUUUUCCACAAAGAUGCGCAUGGCAACAUGGCCCGGGUCGAAUACGGAAUCCUUGCGCAUAUGUCCCGUUCUAGCCGGAACCUAGAACCGUACGAACAGUGGGAAACGCUGAGGAUCGAUAUCCGGAAGCCGCAGCAGGACAAUCCGCCUGCGAAUCGCCAUGACUUGAAGCCCGUGGUUAGACGUAUUCAUCGCCCAGUUCACGCACAGACUCCUUGGGAUCGGCUCAAGGACUUGCUGUUUUGUAGCGCGAACUGCUCGCAUCUCCGUCUUUCACCGACAAUUUUCAUACCAGACGACAUCAUUUCGGGUCGGCCGCUGCCUUUCACCAUCCUCUUAACUCCCAAGCCGAAAGGCUCCACUGACCCCAGUAACCCCCAAAUCGAGCUCAUCAACCUCAGUGUGGUUCUGAGGGAAGAGACUUCAAUUCUUGGAUCGAACGACAGGUUCCAUCGCAUUCGUGCUUGGUUUGGUCACUCUAUUACCCUUGCAGAAAAGCAGAUCACCCUCGAAGAACAACGGAUCGAAAUGUCAGCUCCUACGAUCUUCGAGAAGGAAGGAACGCAGUCCCUCCUCAAAAGGCUCUUCACUGUGGAAGACGGCAUCCAGCCGAACGUCAAAACCUUCAACAUCUCCAAGUGCCACCGCAUUGCCAUCAAAGCUGACUUGGUUGCCGAAAAAGAAAAGUUCAGCUUGGACUUGUCGCUUCCCGUGAAUGUUCUGCAAGGACGUCAGAUGGACAUUCACUCAGCAGUCCAUACUCACAUUUCCACCACCGCAACUACUCCUGGCGGGGAUCAUCAUGCUGCGACGUGUCCGAUUUGCCGGCACCGAGCCGCCGCUAGGGUUGCUCGUCAACUACUCGAUCCGGUGCGGAUACCUAAUGUAUACGAGUAUUCCAGAGAGAGCACCAUGACGAACUCGAUUGCCCCGUCAAGGGGACCCUACAGCAGACCUACGACUAUGUUUGGACUGCAUCGCCAUCUGGAGGUUCCAGAGGAGCUGUGGGCUAUCCGUGAUGAGGUGGAGAACAGGAGGAGAUCUGCACAGUCCUUGUAA